UCAUAAAUUGAAAAAUUGAUUUUAUCAAGUUUACUUACCCGUAACCUUUACCUUUUCUCUUCUUUACUUUUACUAUCGUUUAAUAUAAUUGUCAUUAUGCCAUCAUCUCAAAACGUUUACAUUGUUUCCACAGCCCGUACUCCAAUCGGAUCCUUUCAAGGUCAACUUUCUUCUCUUACAUAUUCUGAUUUAGGUUCGGCCGCAGUUAAGGCUGCAUUAGCUAAAGUUCCUCAAAUUAAACCAGAAGAUGUCGAAGAAAUCUUCUUUGGAGGAGUUUUACAAGCCAAUGUUGGUCAAGCUCCUGCUAGACAAGUAGCUUUAAAAUCUGGUUUACCAGAUUCUAUUGUUGCUACUACUGUUAAUAAAGUUUGUGCAUCAGGUUUAAAAUCAAUUAUUUUAGGUGCUCAAACUAUUUUAACUGGUACUGCUGAUAUUGUUAUUAGUGGAGGUGCUGAAUCAAUGUCUAAUACUCCUUAUUAUGUUCCAUCUGCCAGAGGUGGUGCAAGAUAUGGUGAUUCAGCUUUAGUUGAUGGUAUUCAAAAAGAUGGUUUAUUGGAUGUUUAUGAACAAAAAUUAAUGGGUGUUGCUGCUGAAAAAUGUGCAAAAGAUUUUGAUUUUACUAGAGAUCAUCAAGAUGAAUUUGCUAUUUCUUCUUAUACUAAAGCUCAAAAUGCUCAAAAAUCAGGAAAAUUUGAUCGUGAAAUUAUUCCUGUAACUAUUAAAGGUAUUAGAGGUAAACCAGAUACUAUUGUUUCAGAUGAUGAAGAAGUUAAAAAUUUCAAUGAAUCAAGAGUAAGAAGUGCAAGAACUGUAUUUCAAAAGGAAAAUGGUACUGUUACUGCACCAAAUGCAUCUAAAUUAAAUGAUGGUGGUGCAGCUGUCAUUUUAGUUUCUGAAUCUAAAUUAAAAGAAUUAGGUUUAACUCCAUUAGCUAAAAUUAGAGGUUGGGGUGAAGCUGCUAGAGCUCCAAUUGAUUUUACUAUUGCUCCAUCUUUAGCAAUUCCAAAGGCUUUAAAACAUGCAAAAUUAACUCAAGAUGAAAUUGAUUUCUUUGAAUUAAAUGAAGCCUUUUCAGUUGUUGGAUUAGCUAAUGCAAAGAUUUGUAAUAUUCCAAUUGAAAAAUUAAAUGUUUAUGGUGGUGCUGUGGCUUUAGGUCAUCCAUUAGGUUGUUCUGGAGCUAGAAUUGUGGUUACUUUACUUUCUGUUUUACAACAAGAAGGUGGUAAACUCGGAGUUGCCGGUGUUUGUAAUGGUGGUGGUGGUGCCUCAUCCAUCAUUAUUGAAAAGGUUGAUCAUGACUCUAAGUUAUAGUUAUAGUCUAAAUAUAGAUGUACCAGUAUAUUUAUAAGAAUUAAUAUAAUAUAAUAAAAUAAUAAAAUAAUACAAGUAAUAUAAUAUAUGUACGUAUAAUAAAAUAAUAUAAUUAAUAUAAGUAAAAUAAAUAAU